AUGUCGGAGGAGGAGAAGAGGGAAUGGCUAUACAAGGGGCCUGAAACGAGAAAUCUUCAAAUCACCAAUCGAAAACUUUCCCUGAGCUUUGCCCGCUGUGUUUCCACAACAAUUCGCUUAAGCCUAAUGACCGCAGAGGUCCCCAUGCGAUGGAAGCAUUCCUUCGUUGUGCCUAUACCUAAGAAGCCUCCCCACUCCUGUGCGCAGAACUAUCGUCCCAUUAGCAUCACUUCAGUAUUCCUUCGUGUGUUUGAAAAGCAUUUGGUGGAAUUUCUCAUCAGCUACUCCAAGUCAAAAUGUCAAAGGCUAGGGUUAACAAUGCAUUCUGAAGUAUGCGCUCUCACCAUUAGUGUUGUCCAGCACGGUUCAAGUCUCUCGCCUAGCCUAUACUCUUUAAUAUAUAUAUAA